AUGGACGUCAGCUGCCACCACAACGAGACGAUCGCAUUCUUCUACCGCAACAGCAACAAGCCGCUCUACGACGAGUGGUCCUUCACCAGCACGCUGGUCAUGGUGCUCGGCCUGACCUUGUGCCUCGGCAUCAUUCUGGCCAACGCCCUCGUCAUGUUCGCCGUGUACAUCAACAAGACACUCCACCACCCCGUCUACUUUCUCAUGGCCAACCUGGCCGCGGCGGAUUUCUUUGCCGGAGUGGCGUACAUCUACCUGGUUGUCAACACGGGGCCCAACACUCGCAAGCUGUCGCUGGAGACCUGGAUGCUGCGCCAGGGGCUGAUCAACACGAGCCUCACCGCCUCCGUCGCCAGCCUCCUGGUCAUCGCCAUCGAGCGCCACGUCGCGCUGUUCCGGAUGCAGCGGAUGAGCGAGCGGCGCGUCGUGACGGUCGUCGCGAUCAUCUGGCUCGUGGCCAUCAUCGCCGGCGCCAUGCCCAGCAUGGGCUGGAACUGCGUCUGCGACGUCGGCACGUGCUCCACCAUGGCGCCGCUGUACAGCGCCAGCUACGUCGCCUUCUGGGCCGGCUACAACCUCUCCAUGUUCCUCAUCAUGGCGGGGCUCUACGGCCACAUCUUCGUGAACGUGUGGAGGGACAGGAUACCCGUGCUGCAGAAUAGCUCCAGGUGCUCCCGGAGGCAAGACGCCGUGAGCUUGCUCGUAACGGUCACCAUCAUGUUGGGAGCCUUUAUCGUGUGCUGGACGCCGGGCCUGGUGAUUCUGCUGCUGGAUUCCUUCUGCUCGGACUGCAACGUCCUGGCCUUCGAGAAGUACUUCUUGCUCAUAGCGGAGCUCAACUCCGCCAUGAACCCCAUCAUCUACUCGUUUCGGGACACGGAGAUGAUCGCCACUUUCAAGCGCAUCCUGAGCUGCCGAAAGGCGGGAUGCGUCGCAGCGAGCGGCUCCGAAAAAUCAAUUUCCACGUCGAAUCCCAACCUGGUUACGGAGAUCGGUCACGUGACCACCGCGAGUGCGAUGAAGAUGAAUCAGAUUGUCAUCUAA